AUAAUUAUCCAUUUUGUGAGAGAGAGAGAGAGAGAGAGAGAGAGAGAGAGAGAGACGUCUGAAUUAUCAGAUGGGAAAGGAAGAAGGGUAUUUACCAUUGUUUGAGACAAAGAGAGGCAAGGGAAUAGUUCUAUAUAGGAUUUUUGCAGCAUCUAUAUUUGCAGGCAUAUGUUUGAUUUGGAUUUAUAGAGUAAGUCACAUACCAAAAGCAGGAGAGGAUGGAAGGUUUGGGUGGAUUGGAUUGUUGGGUGCUGAGCUAUGGUUUGGUUUUUACUGGAUCCUCACUCAAGCCUCCAGGUGGAGCCCUGUUUAUAGGCACACCUUCAAGGACAGGCUCUCUCAAAGAUAUGAGAGUGAGUUGCCGGGGGUGGACGUAUUCGUGUGCACGGCAGACCCCACAAUAGAGCCACCAAUGAUGGUGAUAAACACUGUUCUAUCAGUCAUGGCUUAUGACUACCCACCAGAGAAGCUGAGUGUGUAUCUCUCAGAUGAUGGAGGCUCAGAAAUUACAUACUUUGCCCUCUUGGAGGCUGCUAAGUUUGCUAAGCAUUGGAUACCCUAUUGCAAGAAAUACAAUGUGGAGCCAAGAUCACCUGCUGCUUAUUUUGUUUCUUCUGAUGACGCAGUUGAUGCUGAUCAUAACCAGGCUGCUGAUUUGGCUGGCAUUAAGAAAUUAUACAAAGACAUGGAGAAUGAAGUUGAAGAUGCUGUGAAGUUAGGCCGCAUUUCAGAAGAAGUAAGAUCAAAACAUAAAGGCUUUUCUCAGUGGGAUACAUAUUCAUCACGACGUGACCACGACACCAUUCUUCAGAUAGUAAUUGAUGGGAGAGACCUAAAUGCAACAGAUGUUGAAGGGUGUGUGUUGCCAACUUUGGUGUAUUUGGCUCGAGAAAAGAGACCUCAAUAUCACCAUAACUUCAAAGCUGGCGCUAUGAAUGCAUUGAUAAGGGUAUCUUCAAACAUUAGCAAUGGGCAGGUCCUUCUUAAUGUAGACUGUGAUAUGUAUUCAAACAACUCUAAGGCAGUAAGGGAUGCACUUUGCUUCUUAAUGGAUGAAGCAGAAGGCAAUGAGAUUGCCUAUGUACAGUUCCCACAGAAUUUCGAAAAUGUUACUAAGAAUGAUUUAUAUAGCAAUUCAUUACGAGUAAUCAGCGAGGUGGAAUUCCAUGGUUUGGAUGGUUAUGGGGGCCCUCUAUAUGUUGGAAGUGGCUGCUUUCACAGAAGAGAUACUCUUUGUGGGAGGAAGUUCAUAAAGGGAUGUAAGAGUGAAAUGAAGUGGGAGAUUAAUAGAAAGAGAGAAGAAACUGGCAUUCAUGAAUUAGAAGAAAAUUCAAGAAGUCUUGCAAGCUGUGCAUUUGAAGAGAACACUGAAUGGGGAAAGGAGAUGGGUUUGAAAUAUGGAUGUCCGGUUGAAGAUGUGAUAACGGGGAUAUCAAUCCAAUGCCAUGGAUGGAAAUCAGUGUAUUGCAAUCCCACAAGGAAAGCUUUCUUAGGAAUAGCUACAACCACACUGUCUCAGACACUUGUGCAGCAUAAGAGAUGGUCAGAAGGUGAUUUCCAGAUUUUGCUUUCUAAGUACAGCCCUGCAUGGUAUGCACAUGGAAAUAUUAGCUUAGGUCUUCAACUUGGAUACUGUUGUUACUGCUUCUGGGCUUCCAAUUCCUUGGCAACCCUAUUUUACUCAAGUAUCCUUUCACUUUAUCUCCUUAGAGGCAUUUCGUUAUUUCCGCAGGUCUCAAGCCCUUGGCUCAUACCAUUUGCAUAUGUGAUAAUUGCCAAGUACACUUGGAGCUUUGUGGAGUUUCUGUGGUCUGGUGGUACAAUCUUAGGUUGGUGGAACGACCAACGUAUAUGGCUUUACAAGAGAACAAGUUCCUACCUGUUUGCCUUCAUUGAUACCAUUUUAAACUCCCUCGGAUAUUCUGAUUCAGCAUUUGUAAUAACAGCCAAGGUUUCUGAUGAAGAUGUUUCGCUUCGAUACGAGAAAGAGGUUAUGGAAUUUGGAGCCUCAUCUCCAAUGUUUACCAUAUUGGCAACACUUGCAUUGCUCAAUUUGUUCUGCUUUCUUGGUGUUGUAAAGGAAGCAAUCACGGGAGAGGGCAUGACAAAACUUUAUGUGACAAUGCCUCUGCAAAUUCUUCUGUGUGGGGUUUUGAUUCUCAUUAAUCUACCAUUGUACGAAGCCCUAUACCUAAGGAAGGACAAGGGAAAGAUGCCAAGCUCCAUAGCCUUUAAAUCAAUGGCAUUUUCUGUAUUUGCAUGUAUAUGUUUUAAAUAUUUGUAUUAAAAAGGUUUCUUUAUUGACCAUUAUAUAAAAUCAAUGGCAAUUAGGGCUAUCUCAAACAGAUUUUGCAUCACUAAUAAGGUGGUCACUAAGGAUAUGUCAAAGGGGCAUGUGCUAGAGGUUAUGCAGAUUGUGUUGCUAA